AGAGAGAGCGACACACACACACAGAGAGAGAGAGAGAGAGAGAGAGAGAGAGAGCGAGCGAGCGAGCGAGAGCGUGAGGGGGGAGAAGGAAGGAGAGGCCACACAGAUAAAACAACUGCAAGAAAAAGUGUCUACAACCGUACUAAACAUCGGCAAGUAAACACGCACCAUGGCUUCGGAGGAGCUGUACGAGGUAGAGAGUAUUGUGGACAAGCGGAAAAAUAAAAAAGGGAAAACAGAGUACUUAGUGCAUUGGAAAGGCUACAAUGGUGACGAUGACACGUGGGAGCCCGAACAGCACCUUGUGAACUGUGUCGAGUACAUUCACGAGUUUAACAGACUGCUGACUGAAAAGCAGAAAGUCACAACUUUAAUACGAUCUACCCGUAACUCUCCCAAUAACGCCAGGAAACAGAUCUGUCGGCCCUCCAACAGCUCGAUGUCAAAGACGUCUCCAAAAUCGUCAGGGACGAGUAAAGAGGGUGAACCAAAAAACAAUACCCAGCUGCUAGCCAGCAACCACAAGUACCGCCGGACCACUGCACAGACUGUUGCCGGCAGGAAAAGCAUGGACCUUGCCAAAUCUGGAAUCAAAAUUCUGGUUCCAAAAAACCCCAUGAAAAGCAGGACUGUGUUAGAGGGGUUUCAGAGUGACAGGACAGACAACCUUGACCAGAUGGAGCAGGAUCAGGACUCUGUACUGCCGGAAGUGGCUAAUGAAAAGCCUGUGGGUGCUCUACUAGGACCAGGUGCGGAAAGAGCACGAAUGGGGACCAGACCAAGGACACAACCUUUAGUGCCACAAGUGCAGGUGCCAGUGACUGCAGCUACUGCAUCUGCACUAACUGUUAAUGGGAAAGGUGCCUCUACCUUUAUGGAAGCCUUGGCUGCCAACGGAACAGCUAGCAUCCAGACUUCAGUCACUGGAGUAACGGCUGGAAAGCGAAGAUUUGAGGAAAGGCAGGCUUUUGACAAGAGGUUGCGGUUUAGUGUCCGGCAAACUGAAAGUGCUUAUCGGUACAGAGACAUUGUUGUCAAGAAACAGGAUGGGUUCACACAUAUUUUACUGUCCACAAAGUCUUCAGAAAACAACUCAUUAAAUCCAGAAGUAAUGAAGGAAGUCCAGAGUGCACUGAACACUGCAGCUGCUGACGACAGUAAACUGGUUUUGCUGAGUGCUGUGGGGAGUGUCUUUUGCUGUGGUCUUGAUUUUAUUUAUUUUAUUCGGAGAUUAACAGAUGACCGAAAGAGGGAAAGCGUCAAAAUGGCUGAAGCUAUCAACAACUUUGUGAAUACUUUUAUUCAGUUUAAGAAACCUAUUAUAGUGGCUGUGAACGGUCCUGCAGUUGGACUUGGAGCAUCGAUAUUGCCUUUAUGUGAUGUGGUUUGGGCAAAUGAGAAGGCCUGGUUUCAAACACCAUAUACUACGUUUGGGCAGACUCCAGAUGGCUGUUCAUCUCUCACAUUCCCUAGGAUAAUGGGGGUGGCUUCUGCUAAUGAAAUGCUCUUAAGUGGAAGGAAGCUGACAGCACAGGAGGCAUGUGCUAAAGGACUGGUUUCCCAAGUGUUUUGGCCCGGAACGUUUACUCAGGAGGUGAUGGUGCGCAUUAGGGAGCUAGUCGCAUGUAAUUCAAUUGUACUCCGAGAAUCCAAAUCUCUUGUACGAAAUGCUAUGAAGGGAGCCUUGGAGCAGGCCAAUGAAAAGGAGUGUGAAGUUUUAAAACGAGUCUGGGGCUCUGCCCAGGGAAUGGACUCCAUAUUGAAAUACCUGCAGAAAAAGAUAGACGAGUUUUAAGUCACGUGUAAAGUGGCACUGGAGGUAUCUUAGUUACCAGAAAACCCAUGUGGCUUACAGAUGCCCUUAUUAUUUUUUGUCACAUGAAAACUGAACCUGGCUGUUUUGCGAGCUUCAGAAUUGAGUAUUGCAAGAAUAGAACUGAAACAAACCAUCUCAGCUACUCUUGGAAUGCAUUAUCAUUUUGUUUCAUGCUUGCAAUGUACUGUUGCACACUAUGGAUUUCGGAGAGAGAGGGAAAGGGGGAUGCAUAAAAGGAUGUGUGUUUUCUAUAAGAUGGAGUAAUAUAUAUUUUUGAUAUUGGGAUGAACAAGCCUUACGCAAACACACAUAAAUAAAAAUGAAAGAAAAUGGAUAACGGCCAGUCCUCCACACUGCCCAAAGAUUGGGUAGGGGGAUAGCACCUAGCCUUCGUCUUGGAAGAGGUGUAGAACUGCAUUAUGUUAUAAACCAUGGUGAAAUUAACCAGCAGAUGCCCAUGUCUGAUAACUGUUUGCUAAAUGUGCCCUUUGAACAGUUUAGCUCUGUGUAGAUGUGCACACGCAGGAGUUGUCACACUAGAUGCUUGAUCUUCUUUUGGAAUCUUUGAUACCAGUUCUUAUCCAUUAAUCAUGAAGAAACCACUGGCUCUUAAUGUAAAGCCUCUUCUGUACUGCAAUGUUAGAUAAAUUAUUUAAGUUCGAUCUAGUUUUAGCAUUUAACAUUAGUGUUUUUUUUUUCUUUAUUUCUUUUUAAUUGUAUCUAUCACAUUUAUAACUUGUUGCUGGGUGAGAGGAAUUGCCACAAAAAAAAUAAUGUUUUUAUAAACAGGUUGGAUUAUAUAUUACACCAAAAUACCCUGUUUGUUAAAAACUGUAAGAUUUUUAGUUUCACUUAGAUUUUAAUUUAAUAAGUAAAAAAUACACUAUUCCUUCCAAAAAAGAAAAAAAACCUACCUUAUUCUUGAUGUUUAAGUUCUUUGUCUAAGCUUUUUUAUUUUAUUUUAUAGCACACUCUUUGUAUGGUGUUCAGAUCCCACCCUCACCCUUAUGUAAAUAGACCUAUUUUUGCAUUCCUUUCAGGACUGGGUACUGACCGCAGGUAUUAAACGCUACCUGAGUAUCUGAAUUUGUUUAUCUUGCUGAAUGUAAGAGUAAAAAAUCAAAUCAAAACUUAUUUUUGUACAGUUUAGAAGUUUGUAAUGAACUGACCACCUCCCCUUCCCAGUGGAGAGCUGUACAGUCUGUCAAUCUGCCUUUACUCUGAAUUCUUGGUACAGUAUUUUUGCAUCUGUGGGACCUAUUUUUUGUUGAGUAGUUUGAACUUUAUAUAAACUGUACAAUCUGUAAAGUUUUAUAGAUUAAUAAGUAAAAUAUUCAGCUGUGAAAGACUGGUUAAAAAUAAAUAUAUAUAAUAUUGAAUACAUUAUAUCCAAAAA